GCUAUCUGUAAACUAUAUAUAACGAUCUUCUCUCUCAGUGAUCAUCCCUCUCUCUCAAUAGUAUCCCGGAAUACCACACAAGAGCAAGUGGGGAUGCUGUCAUCAUCAUCAGUUCCCUCAAUUGCCGGAAUAUUGCUCGGACUGAUCCCACCUGCUCUGGCCAUUGUAACAUGGGCAUGGAAGGUCAUGAACUGGGUGUGGCUGAAGCCGAUGAAGUUCGAGAGGCUUCUCCGGCAGCAGGGAAUUUCUGGGAACCGGUACAGAUUCCUGUUUGGAGACCUGAAAGUUAGCUCGCUGAUGUUAAGAAAUGCGAACUCGAGGCCCAUAGGCCUCUCCGACGAUAUCGCACCACGCCUCCUCCCUUUCCUCCACCAGUCUCUCGGUACUCAUGGAAAGAAUUUUUUCAUGUGGAUUGGAACAACUCCCGCACUCAAUAUCAUGCACCCCGAGCAACUCAAAGAUGUUUUCUUGAGAAUUGACGACUUCCAAAAGAUACGUUUGAAUCCACUAGCGAAGAUGCUCACUACUGGACUAGCACACUACGAUGGGGAUAAAUGGGAAAUGCACCGGAGGAUUAUCAACCCUGCCUUCCAACUCGGAAAACUCAAGCUGAUGUUACCAGCAUUUUAUUCGUCUUGCAAUGAGAUGGUGAUGAGAUGGGAGAAGCUCAUGGGGGCAGAGGAAUCGUGCGAGCUCGAUGCGUGGACCGACAUCCAAAAUUUAACGCGGCAAGUGAUUGCUCAAACAGCAUUUGGCAGCAGCUACGAGGAAGGAAAGGUGAUAUUCCAGCUUCAGACUGAACAGGGCGAGCUUGCCGUAAAAAGUAUGCACAUGGUCUAUAUUCCAGGAUGGAGGUUUCUUCCUACUAAAAUGAACAGGAGGAUGAAGAGCAUCUAUGAACAAGUGCAGUCGUUACUUCGGACAAUGAUCGACAAAAGAGAGAAAGCAAUGGAGGCAGGGAAGGCAGCUACUGAUGAUCUGUUGGGACUGUUACUAGAAUCAAAUGCAAAGGAAAUCCGAGAAAACAGAAGGAGAGGGGAUAGAAAAGUUGGAAUGAGUAUGGGGGAUGUGAUCGAGGAGUGCAAGCUGUUUUAUUUGGUGGGACAGGAGACAACCUCGUCUCUGCUUGCCUGGGCCAUGGUGUUAUUAAGCAUUCAUCCUCAAUGGCAAGACUGCGCGAGACUGGAGGUUCUGCAAGUCCUCGGAAGGGAUCGGUUACCCAGCUUUGAUGAGCUGAACCACCUCAAGAUUGUUACGAUGAUUUUGUAUGAGGUUCUAAGGCUAUAUCCACCAGUUCCUCUGUUUGCUCGUGAUGUUCCCAACGAAACGAAGCUCGGUGAACUGACCAUACCAGCAGGAGUUAAACUGUUAAUGCCCGCCUUACUCAUCCACCAUGAUAGAGAGCUGUGGGGCGAAGAUGCCAAGGAAUUCAAGCCCGAAAGGUUCUGUGAUGGAAUCUCAAAGGCAACCAAAAAUCAGCUCUUGUACUUCCCGUUUGGUUGGGGCCCUCGAAUCUGCCUUGGGCAAAAUCUUUCCCUGAUCGAAGUGAAGAUCGCAAUGGCUAUGAUCCUGCAGCGCUUCUCCUUCGAGCUCUCUCCGUCUUAUGCUCAUGCUCCGAUGUCAGCCUUUACUCUUCAGCCACAACACGGUGUUCAAGUUAUUUUAAGGAGAUCUUCAGUGUAAAAGGGCCAAAAAUAAAUAUUCGGCGUGCCGAAGUCGGGAAGAUUUAUGUUUUAAUUGCAUAAUCUAGCUAAUUAAACGUACAUAGCUUGAAUAGGAGAUAGCAUGAUGUUGAAUGAAUCCAUCAAGUACAACAGUGUGAUGAAGCAUCGCAAAAAUAUGGAAUUUCUGGACCAACUGAGAAGUGCUCACUUCUGAUAGUUCCUGGAAUUCAUCUGUCA